CUUUUAGUUACCAAGUAACUCAUUUUGUAACGUGCCAUGAAAGAGGUCAAAUUCAUUGGAUUCUGCAUCUUGGAUUUACAAUUGAUUUGAUUCACUAAAACAUUUUCUGAGAAUCAUUUAUGUUCCUGUGAUAUUACAUGGGGAUAUCCAAAGACAACGUAACAGGACUUGUUCUUGCGGUUUCUUCUAGCAUUUUUAUUGGCUCUAGCUUUAUUGUUAAAAAAAUGGGACUAAAAAAAUCAAACACUCCAGGAAGAAGCGCAGCCUCAGGAGGACAUGCAUAUUUGUAUGAACCAUGGUGGUGGAUUGGAAUGAUCUCAAUGAUUGUCGGAGAAAUUGCCAAUUUUGCCGCUUAUGCAUUUGCUCCCGCGCUACUUGUGACUCCUUUAGGAGCUUUAAGCAUCAUUGUUAGUGCAGUACUAGCUCACUUCAUAUUGCAAGAGAAAUUGCACAUAUUUGGUGUGCUUGGAUGUGCUCUUUGUAUGGUGGGAUCUACAACUAUUGUUUUGCAUGCUCCACAUGAAAGAAUUAUUCACUCUGUUAAAGAAGUGUGGCAUCUUGCUACAGAACUUGGCUUUAUUCUCUAUACUUGUGUAGUGGUGAUUUUAGUUUCAAUCCUCAUUUUCUAUUGUGUUCCAAGAUAUGGUCAAACACAUCUAGUUGUAUAUGUUGGAAUAUGCUCUUUCACUGGUUCACUUACGGUUAUGGGCGUGAAAGCAGUUGGAAUAGCUAUAAAGCUUACAUUUGAAGGCAUGAAUCAAUUUAUUUACUUUCAAACUUGGUUCUUUACUUUGGUUGUGAUAGGAUGUUGUAUCUUACAAAUUAACUACUUGAACAAGGCCCUGGACACCUUUAACACCGCAGUUGUAUCACCAGUUUACUACGUCAUGUUUACAUCACUUACCAUAUUUGCCAGCAUAAUCAUGUUUAAGGAUUGGGACACACAAAAUGCAUCACAAAUUGCUACUGAGUUGUGUGGCUUUGUCACAAUUUUGGCAGGAACAUUUCUCCUUCACAAAACAAAAGAUAUGGGAAACAAACCCAUUGAACAAUCUUCGGCAUUUUCAACUCCAGAUCGAGCUAUCUUUGCAACUCCAGAGCAAGAUAAUAUUAAUAAUAACUCAAGCCCGUGUUAACUAUGAAUUUUUUUAACCAGGCAAGGCAACAACAACGAUCUUUCAUUUUUGCUCCCAUGCUAAACAACUUCGAAAAAAUGAAGGUUAUAUCUCAUGGUCUUUCAAAGAAAUGAAAGACAAAGAAAAGGUGUGGGCAACAUUGUCUGAUUUGAACAAGCUUAUAGUGUUGAAAAGAGCAAAGAGGAAAGUAUGAUAGUUCCUAUUGAGGUUUUCACAUACCUCAAUUUCAUCAUCCUUAUUCAUGUAUACAGACAAACUUCAAAAUGUUCAUUUGGGAGCAACAUAAGAUCAACAAACAAAGAUGAACAUCAAAUUUAUAAACCUAAAGUAUUUUUGUUUGGAUAAAUACUCUCAUGUGUUAUGCUUCAUUGGGAAUCAAAAAGGUUAUAAGAAAAAAAUGAAUGAUCACAUCAAUAAACAGAGAUAAAAGUCAAAUUUUGAAGCUUUUGAGUAUUUAUUUUGUUCAAGUGAAUAUUUUUCAUGUGCCAUGCUUUA